AUGGCAGCACUUAUCAAAUCGAAGUUGCUCCUGGGUCAAGUAACCAGGACUUUCAAGAGCCCCAUUUCCCGAACCUGGGCACUGUGGUCCUCCUUCGGGGCCACCCACCUUUACAUCGCCGGCUGCACUGCCGUAGAGCUACACGGAUUCGGCGUCGGAUCUACUCGAGUUCUUACGAUUCACGGAAACAAAAUGCAUGAGACAUUAAAAUACAUCGACCCAGACACCCACUCGCUUGCCUAUUCGAUUGCCGACUCACCUGGGUUUCCCGCUACUGGCGCCCUUGGCUUGAUACAAUUGCAGAAAAUGGGACAGGACGAGACUGAGAUCACCUGGAAAGGCUUUGCGGAUAGUGUCACGCCGGGGGCAGAGGAGGGUAUGAAGCAGCAGUUGGCCAAGUUGUACAACGAUUCCAUUGACAAGGCCCGGAUCACGCUGGAGAAGGAGACUUGGGUGUGA